AUGGAAAUUUGCCCUCAUCUCUCUGGAAUUACUUUAAACAAACAAUUAUCAAAAUUUUCACAAGGAAGGGUUAAAGACCAAAUAGAGACUAGCACAUUAUUUUGUGAUGCCUGCAGCAUUGGGCUGCCCAGCUUAUGGCUUUGUUUAAAUGUAACACAUAUAUAGGAUAAUUGCAACUUUGUGGGCUGUGGACGAUACCAAAACAAGCAUUCUAUGAUGCAUUUUCAAAAUUCCAAGCAUCCUCUCUAUAUAAAUCCUAGAAGCUGCAUGAUUUGAUGCUUAGAUUGUGAUACAGAAAUCAUAGAUGGUGAAAACGAAUAUCAAGAAAAGCUAAGAGGGAUUCGGGCAAUUUUUUCAAAACAAGAAGAAGAAAACGGAAACAGGCCGAAUGGCAGUCCUGAAAACAAAGGAAAAAUUGGUCUAAAAAACUUAGGGAACACUUGCUACAUGAAUUCUGUUUUACAGUGUUUAAGCAAUGUCAGAGCAAUUCAGAGAUAUUUCAGAAAAGUUUUCGUAGCAGAGGAUUUUAAGGAUUCAGAAGUCCCUGACUUUUCUUUGGUAGUAAAAUUUGCAGAAUUAAUAAGACUGCUGUGAAGCGGAUCUUAUACAUCUCUAAGCCCAAGGGAUUUUCUUUCAAGCUUGCAUAGGUCAUGCCCUUUUUUUAUUGGUAUGGGCCAGCACGACUCUCAAGAAUUUUUAAGGAUUUUUUUAGACAAAGUCCAUGAAUCCUUAAAACAUCAAUACAUGAAUGCUGCAUAUCGUUCAAUUAUUUCUGACACUUUUAAAUCAAACAUUGAAAGCAAGGUUACCUGUCUUACCUGCCGAACCUCCUAUAUCAAAAUUGAGGACUACUAUGAUAUUGCUUUACAAAUCCCAAGCCAGCAAGAAAGUGAAGACUUCCGUAAAUAUGACAGCCAGCUUCUUUCUCCUGCAGAAAGGGUGAAAUUUAAUACAGAAAAGCAAAACAUGUGAAGGAAAAUUUCCAAGGUCUUUUCAGGGGACUCUGUUGUUACUCUAUAUGACUGUAUUUUAAACUUUUGCUUACCAGAGCAGCUUAAAGGAGAUGAUAAAUUCAUGUGUGAGAACUGCAAUAAGAAAACAAAAAGCAUGAGGGAAUUUAGAAUAGUAAAUCCUCCAAAUGUACUAGUUUUAGUCAUAAAAAGGUUCAAAUUUAUGGGGAUUGGCUCAAAAGUAUCAACUUAUAUAAAAUUUCCGAAAGAGCUUGAUUUAAGGUACUUUUUGCAGAAACCUAAAAGCUGUGUUUAUCAUCUUAACGGGAUGGUUCAGCAUUUCGGAGGAGUGGGAGGAGGACAUUAUAUUUCUUACUGCCACAACUACAGGACUAAUAUUUGACAUGAAUUUGACGAUUCUCGUGUCCGACAAGUCCCAGAAAGCUAUGUUUUAGACCAAGAAGCUUAUAUCCUUUUUUACCAAAAAUCCAUGCCUGGCCUCAGAGAAAAAGCUACCUCCCAAGAGCCUUGUAUGUAUAUCCCCACCUACUGGCUCAAUAAAUAUUACACCCUUUCCGACCCUGGCGAAAUCUACCAAAAAUAUCUCCUAUGCCCCCACAUGAAGCUUAAACCAAUUUAUGGCGCCGCCGAAUACACCCGAAUGAACGCAAACCAGCUUCUAAAUUUUAUGUCAAACUACAGCAGUGACACAGGCUCUCCAGAAAUUGUCCAAAAAUGCGAAAGAUGUGAGCAGGAUUUCUAUAAAAUUGAUAACCGCAUUGAAAAAGAAUUCGAGCUCAUGACCAAUUUAAACGCAAUAAAACCUUUUGAAGGGCCGUGGUAUAUUAUUUCUGCAGAGUGGCUUAAUAAAUGGAAAAGAUUUUGUUCACAUGAUAUAGGGGAAGAUAAUGGGUAUCCUGGCCCUGUAGAUAACUCGGUGAUGUUUGAAGGGAAUAGUGUUAAAAAAGGACUGGAAAAACAAAAACAUUAUAGAGGGGUUAAUAGACAUGUCUGGUAUGCGUUUAUGGAAAUUUAUGGAGGAGGGCCGACUGUUUGUAGGCAGAUUUUAGAUAUUUAUACAGCACCCUCGAUGGAGGUUAAGUGCUCGACACUAGAUCUUAGUGAUGAGGCAAUGCAAAGUAUAAGGGCGAUUAAAAGUAUAAUUCGACUUCAAUAG